AUGGCAGCUUCCCGGGUGGCCAACACGCGGAACUUGAGGACAAGGACCGUGAAUCUUGAGGACACCGAUGACAGCGUGGCACCCGUAGCAGCUCCUGUGGCCAGUCCAUCAGCAGAAGAAGCAGGGAACAAUUCGACAGAGGAAACGGACGUUACCGUGAGCCGCCACGCCGGUAUGCACUCGACCACGAACAAUCCGCAUCCUGCCCUGUCGGCAGGACUCAGCAAGCGAACGGGCGCCGAGGAAGCUGAACUUGAGCAGCGAGAGCUCGAGGUAGAGCGGAAGUCACAAUCCUUUGCCAGUGUUGAGCGAAAACUGAAGUCGCGUCGAGACGAGGACACCAUGGAGCGCAUCUUCGACGACGAAGAUGCUGAUAUGGAAGAUCUAGCACAAGGCGAAGGCGCGGUGGACGCUGGCUCCAAGUCCGAUGUCGAGAACGAUGAAGAUUACCAGCCGCAGAGUGAUCCUGGCGAUGCAUCUGACGCAUCUCGGCCUAUGCAGUCGGAGAUUGGAAGACUCUGUGGUGACGAUGAAGCUGUUGCUGGUACCAAGAGGAAGGCUGGUAAAUCGACCAAGAGAGGCAAAGGCGAUACAGGCAGGGGAGACAAGGACGAGGAGGAGGAGGCCGCACGACCGAAGGCAAGGCCCAAAUCGACGACCAACAAAUCGACGACCAAGCCCUCCUCCUCAUCGAAAUCUGCAUCCAAGCCUGUAUCCAAGUCCGCGCCUAAGUCCACGACAACCACAAACCGAGCCACGACCUCCAAGAAGACCUCCGACCUUCCAUCUCUAUCGCUUGAUCUUCCGAAUACCAUGGGCUUGAAGGCGGACUGGAAGAACGCUGUCGCCUCACGUCGCUCACAGACUCCCAAGUCGCAGGCCAGCUCUUCUGCGACAUCGGCAUCCCCUGCGACAUCGUCUAGUCAGCGAGGUACACCGACCCCUAGGCUCUCCGCUGCAGCUCACCGUGCAGGCAACGCCAAACGCACCCGGUGUCAAGACUCCAUCGAGCUCAUCGGAGGAUUCACCGACAGCGACAUCACUGUCGGCAUGGGAUCAGCGAAGGGCGGCUACGGACAGCUCGUGCAGGUCACUCAGAAGGCGAAGGGAGGUGAUGAUGAGCAGUUGGAGGGGAGUAUGAAGAAGAAGCGGCGCGCAAAGAGUGUUGUGCCGAACGAGAAGUCGCUCUCGGUUCAAGCCUUACCGGCCUUCAUCCAACCACACUGGAAGAGUACGUUUGUUCCUACAAUGCUCCAACUGAUCGGCGAAAGCGAGAAUCCCUGGGUGUUCGCAAGCGGCAAGAAUACUGCUGAAGAAAACCUCCUCAUCGAUGUCGUGCAGCGUCUGGUAGACGGAUUUUGGCCGGAGGAAGGGUAUGUUGUUGAUGGGAUGGACAAGAUCUAUCGUAUUGCACGCCAAGCCGUGAAUGACUGGCGCGCUCGCUUUGUCUCUCGGAUCAAGACAUUUGUGAAGAACGAGUUCGUCAACACAUAUGGCUCAGCUGCGAAGAUCGCAGCCUAUGUGAACGGUGCAUCCGGGCGAAGCCAAGGGCUUGCAUUCUGGGCUGUUUACGAUUCCGAGUGGCUUUACCUGGGUGCAUUACCACAGCUCGAGCGUCCUCUCGGGGCUCUCCAGUCCGCCUACGUUCUCAAGUCAUUCGCGACGCAUCUGGCUGCCAUACAAGGAAGCCGCAUCAAAGAGACCGAUACGAAGCCGGCACGCGGCGCACUCGCACUCGCAGCCACUGCGGUGCAGUUUGUGUUUGCGGCCUGGACGACUGGGCGAUACAACACCAAUCUCGUCUUCAGUGGCGAGCGCUAUCGCAGCGUCACAACCUAUUGGCACGACAAGUCCGUCGCGAAGAUCAUCGAGCGUCGCCGAUUCGAUAAGUAUGUAGAUAUGGCAAUUCCGUACAUCGAGGCUACAUGGGCGCCGCGUGUUGUGGACGACGAGGACGACAUUACCGUUUGUGAUCCGAGUAGUCCAGUGCAGUCUGAUGGCGAGGAUGACACGUUCGGUAGAGGUUGA